CUUGCCCGUACGUCCGUCCCUGUCCUUAACGCAUUGAAGCUGCGUAAUUGUUUACCAUCCUCUUUUUCAGAUACUUUUCACGUCGUCGUCUUUUCCUGGGGUCUACAGUCUUCUUAUCUGUUUACACAUGCAUUUAGAUACCCCAAGCUCUGCUUGCGUUCUCCUCCACGUCGCUGUUUCUGCCACUCUCCCCCGCAUGCAUACCGCACCGCACGAUUUAGGCGUGGCCUCCGUUUGAGGCCGGCACGACAAACACUCUCGGCCACAAAGCCAAGCCAACCGGCCUCGACAAAAGAAGCCCCUUCGCUUGCCCCGCGUCUAACAAAACCUACCCUGCCGUUCGCGAUCGAGCGAUCUUCCGCCGAACAUACAUCGAGUUGCGCAUCUUCAAUACGAACAUAG